AAUAAGAAAACACUAAUAAUUACACGUAUUGCACUCCAUGUACUAUAACUCAUUUGAAGGGGGUAAAGUAAAGUUAUCCUGAAAAAUCAGUUUUUAUUUCCAUGACAAAAAGUGCUUCCACGCCACACAAGUUAAAAAAGCAUCACAACUUUUCCACAAUCUUUGAGUCCUAGAUAAAGACAUCUUUUGUUUUAGUUCAAACCACAACCUUGUGUGUCCUUUAACUCAGUUUGUUUCUUCAAAAACACAACCAGUAGUUUUACCUUUACUCCUGUUUCUGUUUCAGCUCAUUUUGUUUACUCUAUUGCUUUGUACUUUGCAGUAAAAAAUCUAUCAUUUUCACAUGAGAUUUUUUUUAUUCACUAACAUCAUUGUGCAUUAGUCUUAAAGUUCAAGAACAUUCUGAAUGCAUUAAAGGGUUUGCUCCAAUGGAGUAAAAUAUUAUCCAUAUUCUAUGAUAUUUUUUUGGUUUUGAAUUUUGAACACUGUUUGCCAAAUGGGUUUAGGAGUAUUUGGAUCUGUUUUGGUUUUGACAUUUUUGUUCAAGCAUUUAGCCUCACAGCAACCCAACACUGAUGAAUUCUAUGUCUCUGAGUUUUUGAAGAAAAUGGGUUUAACAUCAUCCUCCAAAGUUUACAACUUUUCAUCUUCUGUUUGUUCAUGGAAAGGUGUUUAUUGUGAUUCCAAUAAGGAACAUGUUGUUGAAUUGAACCUUUCUGGUAUUGGUCUUACUGGUCCAAUUCCUGAUACAACCAUAGGCAAACUCAAUAAACUUCACUCUUUGGAUCUUAGCAACAACAAAAUCACUACUUUGCCUUCAGAUUUUUGGAGUUUAACCUCUCUCAAAAGCUUAAACCUUUCUUCCAAUCAUAUUUCAGGUUCAUUGACUAACAACAUUGGAAACUUUGGUUUACUUGAAAACUUUGACUUGUCAAAAAACAGUUUCUCUGAUGAAAUUCCUGAAGCUUUGAGUUCCCUUGUGAGUUUGAAGGUUCUCAAACUUGACCACAACAUGUUUGUUAGGAGUAUUCCUUCAGGGAUUCUCAAGUGUCAGUCUCUAGUUUCAAUUGAUCUUUCAUCAAAUCAGCUGAGUGGAACCCUUCCACAUGGUUUUGGUGAUGCUUUUCCUAAGCUUAGGACUUUGAACCUUGCUGAGAAUAAUAUCUAUGGUGGUGUGUCAAAUUUUUCAAGGUUGAAGUCUAUUGUGAGUCUCAACAUUUCAGGAAAUUCAUUUCAAGGUUCUAUUAUAGAAGUCUUUGUGCUAAAGUUGGAGGCUUUGGACCUUAGCAGAAACCAAUUUCAAGGUCACAUUUCUCAGGUAAAGUACAACUGGUCUCAUUUAGUUUAUCUGGAUUUGUCUGAGAAUCAGCUUAGUGGAGAAAUUUUCCAAAACUUGAACAAUUCAAUGAAUUUAAAGCACCUUAGUCUUGCAUGCAAUAGAUUUUCAAGACAGAAAUUCCCAAAGAUUGAAAUGCUCCUAGGAUUGGAAUAUCUUAAUUUGUCUAAAACUAGUCUUGUUGGUCACAUUCCUGAUGAAAUCUCACAUCUUGGUAAUUUGAAUGCACUUGAUCUUUCUAUGAAUCAUCUUGAUGGAAAAAUUCCCUUACUGAAGAAUAAACAUCUUCAAGUUAUCGACUUUUCACACAACAAUUUGAGUGGACCAGUCCCUUCCUUUAUCUUGAAGAGUCUCCCAAAGAUGAAGAAAUACAACUUCUCAUAUAAUAACUUAACCCUUUGUGCCUCAGAAAUCAAGCCUGAUAUCAUGAAAACAUCGUUCUUUGGAUCAGUUAACAGCUGCCCAAUAGCUGCAAAUCCGAGUUUUUUCAAAAAAAGAAGAGACGUCGGCCACAGGGGAAUGAAGCUAGCUCUUGUAUUAACCCUCUCGUUGAUAUUUGCGCUUGCUGGUAUUCUGUUCCUAGCAUUUGGUUGCAGAAGGAAAAAUAAAAUGUGGGAAGUGAAACAAGGUUCAUACAGAGAAGAACAGAAUAUCUCAGGUCCAUUUUCUUUCCAAACUGAUUCAACAACUUGGGUAGCUGAUGUCAAACAGGCAACAUCAGUUCCGGUAGUAAUCUUUGAGAAGCCACUGUUAAAUAUUACAUUUGCAGAUCUCUUAUCUGCAACUUCAAAUUUUGAUAGAGGUACCCUUUUGGCUGAAGGAAAAUUUGGACCUGUCUAUAGAGGCUUUCUACCUGGAAAUAUUCAUGUAGCAGUUAAAGUGUUGGUUGUUGGUUCAACAUUGACGGAUGAAGAAGCUGCAAGAGAGCUUGAGUUUCUUGGUAGAAUCAAGCAUCCUAAUCUAGUUCCUUUAACCGGUUAUUGUGUAGCUGGUGAUCAAAGGAUCGCUAUAUAUGAUUACAUGGAGAAUGGAAACUUGCAAAAUCUUCUUUAUGAUUUGCCACUUGGUGUUCAAAGCACAGAUGAUUGGAGCACAGAUACUUGGGAAGAAGCUGAUAAUGGAAUUCAAAAUGUUGGUUCUGAAGGAUUGCUCACAACUUGGAGAUUUCGACACAAAAUCGCACUUGGAACUGCAAGAGCAUUGGCUUUUCUGCAUCAUGGAUGUUCUCCUCCAAUAAUUCAUAGAGCGGUUAAAGCUAGCAGUGUUUAUUUGGAUUAUGAUUUGGAGCCAAGGUUGUCUGAUUUUGGUCUUGCCAAGAUUUUUGGAAGUGGUUUGGACGAAGAGAUUGCACGCGGUUCUCCCGGCUAUGUUCCACCGGAGUUUUCUCAACCGGAAUUUGAGUCUCCAACACCGAAAUCGGAUGUAUAUUGUUUUGGUGUUGUUCUUUUUGAGCUACUAACUGGAAAGAAGCCGGUUGGAGAUGAUUACACUGAUGAUAAAGAAGCAACAACUUUGGUAAGUUGGGUUAGAGGACUUGUAAGGAAGAAUCAAACUUCAAGAGCUAUUGAUCCGAAAAUUUGCGAUACAGGAUCGGAUGAACAAAUAGAGGAGGCUCUUAAAGUUGGAUAUCUAUGCACAGCUGAUUUACCUUUCAAAAGACCAACCAUGCAGCAGAUAGUUGGACUUCUAAAGGAUAUUGAACCUACAACUAGUUAGCCUUUAGCAACACAUGAUGUAAAAGAAUGUUGGUGUUUUUAUUUAACUUUUCUUUUUCUUUUUUCCUUUCUUUUUUGUACUUAGAUUGAGAGCUUCCUAUGCAACCAUGGAGCAAAUGUGGAGCUGUUAAGUUUUCUAAUUCUGUUUUUAAUGCUGAUCCUUUUUCUUGCACUAGUUCUUUUGGUAGAUGAAGAAGUAUAUAGCUUUGAUGAAUAUGCACUUGAACUGACAUGUAAUGUUACUGCAUCAUGUAGCAGUAAAUAUGUUUAACUUGGUUUGUAAGUUGCAAUUGCAAAGGUACAUUUAUUUCAAAAGAACUCUAGUUAAUUUGA